AUGCCUGUGGCCGACCCCAUCACCAACGAAGUCAAGCUGCGAGUCUAUCUAUCCGCAAUUCGCUCCAUCAUGAUGUACGGAUCGGAGACUUGGGCAGCACCAUCAACGGUUAUGGAGAGGCUUGACUGCACGGAACGAAAGCUGCGUACACGGCUACUUGGCUACUUUUGGCCUAGGGUAUGUCAUAAUGAAGAUCUUUACGCAGAAAUUGAUGUGGUAUACCGGCGGAUGACACGUGGAAGACAUAUAUUAAAGAGACCGGCAGAUCGCCUUGUUCAACGAGUUCCGAGGAGUUCGUCGGGUUCGAGCUGGAAGAAACCACCUGGCUGA